AUGAGUCGUUAACUAAGAAGCUCUAAUAAAAUGACUUAAUAACAAAACUUUUCAUUAAAAUGUGUAAAAAGUAUAUAAAAAUGUGUAAAGGACUUAAAGAGAGCAAUGAGAUAAAUGCAAUUUGAGAGUUAAAGAAUAUAAAAACAUUAAAUUCAACAGAUAUUAAACAAUUGCAAUAAUUUAUUAACAGCUCUCACAAGUUGCAACCUUUACCGCAUCCAUUAUCAAGAAGAAAUGUAUUACUUAACUUAAUUACAAAAAAUCGAAAAAGGCAUCAAUGAAAUUGUAGAAUUUGUUUCAGAAUUAUGCAAAAGAAAAUACUUUAAUAAUUUAGGCAAUAAUAAGAUGUGCGAAGAUCUUUUUAGUUAAUUAGAAAGCACAUUUGAUUCAUUUGUUGGCCCAUUACUUCAUAUAUUUAAUUCUUUUAAUGUCAAUUGGUUACUUUUUUAAUGUGAUCCAAUAAAAUUAUUUCUUUUAGAUGAAUUUUAUGAGCAAGCAAUAAUUCAAAAGUUAGGAUUAUAGCUGAGUGAUAACAAAACUAGUUCAUAAAAGUAGGAAGAAAAUUCUUUAUCAAAGGACAUUACUUCUAGCUAAGAAUAUACCAAUAUUAGCAAAGAAGAUGGUACUCCAAAAAAUUUACCUGGAAAUAGAAUACCAGAACUUUCUCGCUAAUACAGCAGCAGCUUGAGCGACAAUCAAAAGUCUGCAAAAAAAAUAAAUUACAAUAUUAAUAUAGUGAAAUUCAAGGAAAAAUUAAAUUAAGAAAAAGCUAAUUACACUAAACAGUAGCUGAAGGAUUUACUUAUCGAGUACAAGAAGUUGAUUUCAGAAGAAGAAUUCCUCUCAGAACUAGCUAUCCUUAUAGAUUUUAAUUCAUGUCAUAAUCCAUAAAACUACUAAUUAGUGUUUAAUAAGUACUAUUAGCUAUUAUUUGACUAGCUUACAUGUGAAAAAAUAUCUUAUAUCUUAAGCAAAAUUCAUAGCUUUGAAAAACUAAAUUUAUUUUGUAGAUUAAUAUUUUAUAAUGCAGAUAUAAUGACACUUACAGGGCAUCAGAUUGUUAAAUAUUUAAAUAACUACUAAUACAAUAAUCUUAAAGACCUUCAAAUAAAGCUUAUAAGAAGUGGUUUCAAUCAUUUGCCUGUGCCUAUAACUCAAUCUCCUAUCCAGAGAAAGGAAAAGAAUUAAUUAUUUCAUUUUAACUAGGGCUCGAUUAGCUCUCUUUAAAGUUUAUAAAAGUAAAGUGAUGAAAAGCUUGAAAAUAUAUAACUGAAUAGCUUGUCAAGUGGAUCUUUUAAACUUGGUCAGGUUUUGACCCUUUGUCCUCAUUAAUCUAAUUUCUUUUCGUUGAUUCCAAGAAUAGAAAAGAAAACAGAACUUAAAAGCUAAGACGUCUCUUGUUAGUAUGUUAAACAAAAACUUGAGAUUUAGGCGUUGCAAGAAAAAAUAUCAACUGAGAUUACUAAUUGCAGAAGGUCAUAAAGUAUAAGCAUCUAAAAUAAUAAUCAUUUGAUUGCUUAAUUUGCAGAUGAUUUUUAAAAAACAAUGAUAGAAAACUAAAUGAAUUUGCUAUCAGAAUCUACUGUUUAAACUAAAGACCUAGAAUAAUAUCAGGAUCAAGAUGGAAAUGAAUACCCAUUCUUAUUCAAUAAAAGAGAGCUAAUUUUUGGUAGAAAAGCUAAAAAUUCUAUUUUCAAACCUGAUUUCUGUUUUGAAGAAAAUGAAUUUUAGAUUUCUAGACAGUAAUUUAAAAUUACUUAUGAGGAUUAAUCAAAUUAGUAUUAUGUGUAAUGUAUUAGUCAGUCUGCUUUGACUCAAAUUUUAGUCGAUGAUGCUGGCUUUGAAUUAUAAGUUGGGUCUGUUUUUAUCAUAUAAGAUCUUAUAGCCUUUGAAGUAGUUGCUGUAAAAACUUUUUCACAGAAUACAAAUUAAGGUGUUUAAUAAAGCAAUAAUUAGAAGGUGUUUACAAACAAAGUUGCAAAUUAAUAAAAUUCAAGCCCAAGAAGUCCUAUGGAUAAACAAUCUAAAAUUUAAUUUUUUAAAAAUAAUAAAAGUAAAACUUAAAGACUUUCAUAUAAGAACUCUUAACUUUUUGAAGAUAAUGAGUCUCAGUAUGCUUAGAGUGAUUAAAUAAAAAAUUAGGACACAGAUAAAAAAAAUUUGACAAGUGAAUAAUCAAACUCUGAUUAAUCUUUUGAGAAUGAAGUAAAAGAUGAUCUUUAAAAUUCCUUAGAAAAUGAAAAUUAUAGUAUGAAUUCUUCUCUAGCAUCUAUUUCAUCAUUGAGUUAAAUUGCUUGUAAUUAAAUGUAUUUUAAUUAAGAAAAGAGGGCUUCAGUUAAUUAAAAAAAGCAUAGUUUUAUUAGUUAAAUGAGACGUUAAAACUCAAGAAAAUCUAGUACAGUUUCUCAAACCAUAAACACUGUUAGUGAUAAUAACAACACUGCUGAAUCUACUUAAAUAAAUCAAUAUAAUACCACCCAAGAUAGCUAAACUAGAUAACGUGUAAGUAGGGAUAAUCCUAGAGAGAGUAUACAAAUAGAAAAUGACGUUGUUUUUUAAAAAUAAGAUUCUGUGCAAUCAAAUAUGAGCUUUAAUACUGAAUCAGUUAAAUAAUCAAAAGAAAAUAACGAUGAGUAAACUCAAGAUUUCAAAAGAUAAACUUAAAGUUCUUUUGAUAAGUAGUCUAUUUAAAAUACAGUUUAGUAAUCAACUCUUAUGAAUGGAAUGAACAUUAGCACAUCUAGAAUUAUGCUUUAAUCUACAUUUAAUUAAAUGAAUUAAAGUAUUUAUAGUUUUGUAGGUCCAUCAUUUUAAGAGCUUGAAGAGGAUAAUCAGAAUUCUAAUGAAGCUUUAUUAUAAUUAAGAGUACUAUGGUCAAAUAUAGAAACAGAAAAAGAAGACUAUAUAUUCCAAUACAAUAAUAUAAAUGAAUAGGAUUCUAUUAUGAUAAAAAUAGGUUCUGACAAAGAUAAUUAAAUUAGAGUUUAAGAUGAAAACCACACAAUUAGAAAUACCUCUCACUGUUGUAUAUCCUAUUAAGAUAAAGCUUGGGUUUUAUAGGCUACUCACAAUGACCAAAGUUUCUAUUCAGGAAUAGCUGUCAAAAAAAUUGAUGAAAUUGAAAGUGGACUCAUAUCCAAAAAAAUUCUUAUUGAAAAAGGAUUUAACAUUUUAGUAAAAGGCUAUAUAUUUUAAUGCGAUUUUUGA